AGAGCAGAGAACAUGACACUGCCAAAAUACAGUUGGUGCGACCAUGGUAGCCAUAAACUUUCUUCACGUGAAUGCAGGAAAUGGAGAAAUUAGCUAUGCUAAUAACUCACUCGCCCAAAAAAAAAUUAUAUUGAAGGCAAGGGCAUUUCUUGAGGAGGCCAUCAGAGAUAGGUUCGUCUCAGCAGGCUUUCCCAGCUGUGUUAAACUAGCAGAAUUGGGUUGCUCUUCAGGAACAAACGCCCUUUUGGCCAUCUCCGAAAUUAUUGACACCAUUCAUGAAAUGUCCCAAAGGAUUAAUUGUGAGUCUCCGGAGUUCCAAGUGUUCCUCAAUGAUCUUCCAGAAACUGACUUUAACAACAUUUUCAAAUCGUUGCCUGCUUUCUAUGAGGGGCUGAUGAAAGAAAAGGGAGGCAAACUGGGGAAUUGCUUUGUGACAGGAAUGCCAGGUUCUUUCUACGGGAGGAUCUUUCCCACAAGGAGCCUAGAUUUUGUCCAUUCUUCUGCAAGUGUUCAUUGGUUGUCUCAGGUUCCUGCUGGACUAAAAAAUAACAAAGGACACAUAUAUAUGGCAAACACAUGUCGUCCCGAUGUUCUUAAAGCCUACACGAAACAGUUUCAGAGGGACUUCACAAUGUUUCUAGGGUUGCGGUCUGAGGAAAUUAAACCUGGAGGGCGUAUGGUUAUUACUAUAACAGGAAGGAGCAUUGAAGAUCCCUCUAGCAAAGAUUGUUGUGACCUUUGGGAGCUGUUAGCAAAAUCACUCCUCGACAUGUUGGCUGAUGGACUUGUUGAGGAGGCGGAUGUGGACUCGUUCAACCUUCCUAUGUACAAUCCCUUUGAGGGUGAAGUGAAGGCUUUAAUUGAAGAGGAGGGGUCUUUCAAUCUUGAUAAGCUAGAAACUUUCGAAGCCAGUUGGGACCCCUAUGAUGAGAGUGACAAGCCUAGGAGCGGACAAAAUGUAGCAAAUUGUAUAAGGAGUGCUACAGAGCCCAUGUUGGCUACUCAUUUUGGAGAUGCCAUAAUCCCUGAUCUAUUUGCAAGGUAUGCAAACCGCGUCGCUGAGCAUCUCUCACUGGAAAAGGGACAUCACUUCCUCGUAGUGUUUUCUUUGACAAAGAAGUGUACAGGUACAGCAGAAGAGCACAGAGAUUCUGAACGAAGAGCCAUGGAAUUAGUUCAAGUGCUUCACAUGAAGGAAGGAGUUGGAGAUGCUAGUUAUGCAAACAACUCAGGACUUCAGAAAACAGUGAUAUCUAAGGCAAAGCACGUAGCGGAGAAAGCCAUAACCAAUCUCUAUUGUAGCAUCAUGCCGCAAUGCUUAGGCAUAGCCGAGUUAGGUUGUUCUUCUGGACCCAAUGCUCUAUUUGUCAUCCUAGAACUUGUGAGCACAGCCUACAAAGCCUGUCAGAAACUAGGUCGUCAGUUGCCGGAAAUUCAAGUGUUCCUCAAUGAUCUUCCAGGAAAUGAUUUCAACACUCUCUUCAAAACCGUCACAAAAUUUCAGCAAAAUCUGUCACAAGAGAUGGGCAAUGGUGUUGGACCAUGUUAUUUCAUGGGAGUUCCGGGUUCUUUCUAUGGCAGGCUUUUCCCUAACCGAAGUCUACAUUUUGUCCAUUCUUCUUACAGCGUGCAUUGGCUGUCUCAGGUUCCUCCAGGGUUAGAGGACAAUAAAGGGAAUAUUUUCAUGUCAAGUUCAAGCCCACCAAGCGCGCUUAUGGCUUACUAUGCACAGUUCCAAAAGGAUUUCUCGGUGUUCCUCAAGCAUCGCGCAGAGGAAAUAGUUGAAGGAGGGCGUAUGGUUAUCACAAUCAUGGGGAGAAGAAGUGAAGAUCCUACCAGUAAAGAGUGUUGUUACAGUUGGGAGCUUUUGGCUUUGGCUCUCAGAGAUAUGGUCUCGGAGGGGCUCAUAGAAGAAGAAAAAUUGGAUUCCUUCAACAUUCCUCAGUACACACCAUCUCUUACUGAAAUGAAGCUUGAGAUUGAAAAGGAAGGAUCAUUUGUCAUAGACCAACUAGAGGCUUUUGAAGUGGACUGGGAUUGUUACGAAAGUGAUGGUCCUUGUAAUGCUGCAAAGUGUAUGAGAGCGGUGGCAGAAUCAAUGUUUGCUGCUCACUUUGGUAGUGGGAUCAUAGAAGAGGUGUUCCGUAGGCAUAGAGAGAUUGUUGUUGAUCGCAUGUCCAAGGAGAAGCCUCAGUAUGUCAAUUUGGUUGUUUCCAUGACUAGAAAUGGAUGA